AUGCAUUCUAGAAAUACAGAAAGGCAUCGAAAUUCUGGGGUUGAAAGGAAAUGGUUAGCAGUUAAAUAUGGAUUAGAAGUUCUUAAGAUAGUGGAUGAUAGAAAUAUCGAAGAUUUGUUUUUUCACUUUCGGGAUAUUCUCAACGAGUUAAUAGUGUUAGAAGAACGACCGGUUCACAUUUUAUUUUCCGAAAGCAUUUCUGAGGUUCUCAAUUUUCUACACAAAGUUUUGCCUGGAGUUCACGGUCCCAUUCCUCUACUUCUCCUGAUUGAUGAUGCUGAAAGAAGUAAUGUUUCUGUUCACACGGAAUUAGCAAACAUUUUCCAAGAUUACUCUUAUAUUUUCAAAAUAACGGGUACAGAAACACGUCAAAUGCUAGUCACCAAGAAUUUUCUUGAGUUCCGGAAUUGGUCUAAGGAAUUCGUAGAAAAUAUAAUGAUUGAUAACAUAAGCAGCCCCGAUUCGGAAUUGAAUACUGGAAUAGAAAAGCUGGUUGACAGAGAAACUUUAUACGUAAAUUAUCAAGAAGACGAUGAACCACAUGAGAGUCCGAAACAGGCGGAAGUGGUGAAUACCGAAAAUAUUAUCAAUGCUCUUAAAGCAUACCGUCAUGAUGAUCACGAACGUUUUGUUAGGCACAUAGCGGUUGAUAAGUUCUUUCGCCGGAUGCGUUUAAUGUUUGAUAAUAUCGAUGACAACUCUCAUCUUCUUCAAUUGAUUCGAGUGUCAUUGACUCCAUCAAGGGAGAUAGGUCCGAGGAUUGCGGCUAUUCUAGAAGAAAUUAUAUUACAAGCAUUGGAUCUGCAAUUAAUCCCUCGAAUAUGCGAUCAGAUUUACGAAGAAUUCGAUAAAGCUAGCAAGGAAUUGUUAUGGUCAGUUAUAGAAGAUCUUAUGGAAAUUUUCAUGGCCACCAAGAAAUUUGCUCCUUUCAAUUGGGAAAAGAAAAUUCAAUCUCAAUGGGACAUCUUCUUCAACUUCAUCAAUCAUAUCCCUAAAUGGUUUUGGAAUGAAAUUCCUGAGAACCUUGUGAAUUGGCUAAGAAAUAAGGUCGAUGAGUUUACGGUAGAUGAAACGAAACAAAGAGAACCUGAGCCACAGAAUGUUCCGAAAAUAGAAAAAAUAUCUCCGUCAAUCACACAGACUGCGUUUCCACGUCCUGAUUUUUCGGGAACCUCUAAACAAUUUGAUAAUUACUGGGAAUAUUGUGAGCAAGAGGAACCACCAUGCGAUUUCCGACAAAUCAGCGAAGUUCCUCAAAAAGAAGAUAUUCUUGCAGAAGAUCCUCCAUAUGUAAGGAGAGCAGUUGUUGAUAAGAAAUAUGAAAAUUCUCAACAUUAUCUCGAUGUGAUGUUUAGGCUUUUACGAGAAGAUUUAAUUUCUCCAUUACGUGAUGGAAUUUAUCUUUGUAAAACAACUGCUUCUACCGAAAGUAGUAUCAAAAUUUAUGACGUUCUGGAAAUACGGGGCGUUCAGGUUAAAUUCAAUGAUGGUGUCGAGUUCCGAUAUCUUGUUGUGACAAACAACACUGAUGAUCAGAAAACGUUGCUAUAUGGCCAGAUAGUUUGUCUAUCUUGCGAUAAUUUCAAGAGUGAUUUUCACAUAGGAUGUGUAGUUGAACGAAAGGAAAAUAUGUGUAUGACUUACACUGUUGGCGUGCAAUUUUAUGAACCUUUCGAGAAAGAUGAGUACAAAUCUUAUCGGUUGGCUGAGCCUUCAAGUUAUUUCGAGGCUUACCAACACGUAUUGAAAGCAAUUAAGAAAAUUAACCGGCUAACAAGUUUCCCAAUGGAAAGAUAUUUGGUAUAUUGUAAAAAGAAUGUUCUAAAACCUCUGUAUAUGCGUUUGGAUGUGGAUCCUGGUAAUGAUUUGGAUGUUGAUAUUCUAGAGCAUUACGAAGAGCUACGAAAGCAAGAAAAAGAUAAAGUUUUCAAUGGUGAAAAUGCAAAAAAAGAAGACAGAGUAAAGUUUCUGCUGGACAGUGUUCAUCCUAUUUUCCCAAAAAGGACAAAAACUGCUAACGAAGAUUCGAGGGAUAAGAUAACAAUUUACGGCGCAACUUACUCCAUAGAUACUUUGAGGCAGGACUUUGUUACAACUCUUCUGAAUCCUCAUCAAAGAGAAGCUCUAAUUGAAUCUUUGACAAACGAGCUUUGUUUGAUACAGGGUCCACCGGGUACAGGAAAAACUUUUAUCGGCGUAGAAAUCGUGAGAGUUUUAGUGGCUAAUAGAAUUAGGUUUGGUAUUUUGAAACCUGUGCUUCUUGUAUGCUACACAAAUGCCGCGCUUGAUCAGUUUCUUGAGAAAGUUUAUAAGAUGCUCUCUCAUGAUAAAGAAAACGGGUUACUUCAACAUAAUGGGCCGUUAGUGGCUCGUCUUGGUAGUAAGAGCGAGAGUGACUUAGUUGAUAAAAUGAGAUUAUCUCGCUCUGCAGUUGUCAAUGAUUACAAGAACAUUUACGCGGAAAAUGAAAAUGUUAAGCUGGGAAAAACAAUGAGAGACAAAAGAAAUCAAGCAAAAGAACUCUCCAUGAUUUCCUCGAUCCUACGUCUUCAUAACACAAAAAUUUUACGAUUUGAAGUUAUUCGCCCUGCUAUGAGCUCUUCGCACAGUGCUGAGUUUAUCAAAUUUCAUUCUGAAAGCUGUCCUAAACUUCAGGUUGAUGAAGCUUUCGGUCAUUGGCUCUUAGACAAACCAAUAGUAGAUUUUCGAAAUUUCGGAGUUUCUAAAGAAACAGACGGAGAAGAUUUUGAGAAAGCAAAACCUUUCGAGAAAGAAUCAGAGUUGGAAGAAGCGGAUAUUACUCUUGCUGAGCUUUUCCGUCGUAUGAAUUUCGAUUCACAUAUCAGAGAAGGCGUUGAAGAAGGAAUCUCAGAGGCAUCUCAGCUUGAGACAAGUGUGGUUUGGGACUUAACUUCGCAGGUUAAAUUAUGUGACAAUGAUGUGAUUUUGUUCGGAAAAGUUAGCACAAAUGGCUAUAAUACAAUCGUAUAUGAUUCACAAAUUGAAACGGCUGUGUUUGACAAUGAACCUCAGAUUUUAAAAACUUCGGCGUUAUCUGAAAGUGAUGCUUUCAAUAUUAAUUCCAUUUUGACAAUCACAAGAGCUCGUAGAUGGGAACUGUACAAUUAUUGGAUCAAGACUUUGGUAUCGAAAGUACUCUCGAACAUAUCUCAGGAGAUUCAGAAAUAUCAAGUUUUAUGCAAAGAUGUUCAACUACAUCAACAUGCUGUUGAUGCAGCAGUUUUAAAAAACUCUCUCAUUGUUGGAGCUACAACAACGGGAGCUGCAAAGUUUAAUGAUCUUCUUUCUAAGAUAGGCUCAAAGAUAGUGAUAAUUGAAGAAUCGGCUGAAGUAUUAGAAGGACACUGUUUUGCUUCGAUCCCAAAUAAAAUAGAGCAUUUGAUAAUGAUUGGAGAUCAUCAACAGCUUCGUCCCAAUCCAUCUGUUUAUGAGUUGGGAAAACUCUACAACUUGGAUGUUUCCAUGUUCGAGCGUUUGAUCAAGAAUGAUUUUCCUCAUGUAUGCCUAUCUAUGCAACACAGGAUGCUACCGUUGUUGACUUCUACAGUCAUACGUCCAUACUUCUAUGAGAAUCUGCAGGAUCAUAUGAGUGUGAAAGAAUACCCGGAAGUAGCAGGAAUGAAAAAACCAUUAUACUUCUGGUCUCAUAAUCAUAGCGAGAGUAUUCAGCGUACGUCAUACACCAAUAGAUACGAGCUCCUAAUGAUCUCCAAACUUGUCCGCUACUUGCUACUUCAACAAUGUUACAAACCAUCUGAUAUAUCAGUGCUUACACCUUAUUCAGAACAACAGUCGCUCCUAGAUAGCGAAAUGAAUGCUCUCUCUCACAGUAUGGGUUACCCUGAAAAGGCAAUUGGUGUUCAUACUGUGGAUAGUUUCCAAGGAAAGGAGAACAAGAUAAUUCUUUUGUCACUAGUUAGAUCUAACGGGGAAGGUAUUGGGUUUUUAUCCAUUUCAAAUCGUGUUUGUGUGGCUCUUACUAGAGCAAAGCAUGGUAUGUACGUAGUAGGAAACAUACAUUAUCUUAAAUCGAGAUCUGCUUUAUGGCAAAAAAUAUCAAUGAACUUGAUAGAUAACGAGCUGGUAGAGUUUUUCAUUCCUCUCAAAUGUCAAGUUCACGGCAAUGUCACGGAAAUCUAUGAACCAGAAGAUUUUGAUUCCUUAGCCGCAGAUGGAGGAUGUGAUGAAAAAUGUGGGUCCUCUUUAGAUUGUGGUCACUUUUGUAACAAAAGAUGUCAUGUGGGAACUGAUCAUCUGGAUGAUGGCAUUUGUCGGCAGCCAUGUCCUCGUGUUUGUUCUAAUGAGAAAUAUAAGCAUAAGUGUCAAAAGACUUGUAAAGAAGUUUGUGGAGGAUGCUAUCAGUUGGAGUAUCUUCAGCUAGCUUGUGGUCACGAAGUUGGAGGAGCUUGCCAAGAUCUACAUAAGUUGAAAUGUAGGGAAAGAUGUUCGAAGUUCUUGAAAUGUGGUCAUCAGUGUUCCCAGAAUUGUGGAGAAGAAUGUACCGUAGAUUGCCUUGAGUUGAUGCCGUUCAAACAAGACUGUAAUCAUAUAGCUGAAUAUCUAUGCUCAAAUCCUGAAGUUGGGAAGUGUACAUUCCCAUGUGAUAAAUUUCUGAUCUGUGGGCAUAAAUGCCCGAACGAUUGUUCUAACCCAUGUGCCCGGGAAUGUCUAGCGCCUGUUCAGAAGCUUCUGAGUUGCGGUCACCGAACUAACGUCCCUUGCUCCAUCAAUCCCGAGAUAUAUCCUUGCCCGGUCGAAAUUGAACAUUACAUCGUAUCAUGUGGUCAUUAUGUAAAGUCGGCCUGUUCAACUCAGCUGGAAACAUUAAGUUGCCCGUCUAGAUGUAUGAAGAGUUUGGAAUGUGGUCAUAUUUGUAUUCGUCAAUGUGGUGUCUGUAGAGAAGAAGGAAGUCAUUCUUGCGGGGAGAUCUGUAGAAAAAACCUCGCUUGUGGGCAUCAGUGCAUGGACAGAUGUGGAGUUCCUUGUGGACCAUGCAAAGCUGAUUGUCUGACAUCGUGCUCACAUCAAGCUUGCGGUUCUCCAACUAUCCGAACAAAAACUGGAAUAUGUUAUGGUCGUCAAUGUUCUGAAAUUUGUGUUCUUUGCAGUAGAGCUUGUGAUAAUCACUGUGAACAUAGAUUUUGUCAACUGAGAUGCUUCGAAGUUUGCGAUGUGAAACCUUGUGAGGCUCUUUGUACUAAAAAAUUAGCUUGUGGACAUGCAUGCCUUGGGAUGUGCAGUGAAGUUUGCCCAUCUGUCUGUGGUACAUGUAAUCAGAAGAAGUAUGUUGAUAUCGUGAACUCUAUGAAAGAAAGUGAUUCGAAGCCAAGAAUCCAUAAACUAGUCAUGAUUCCUUUCUGUAAUCACAUAUUCCCUGUUCCCUUCUUGGAUGAUGUGAUGAGUGAUUUCAAACAAAAGGUGGUCUAUCCGAGGUGCCCACAAAGCGGAUGUGGACAAGCCAUUCUAGGUGUGCAACGAUACUCAAGGAUUAUCAAGGAAAUUGUAUUUAAACGCUACCAGCUCAAUGAGAAGAGAAGAGUUUCUGAGAAUGCUGCUCUCAAACACUAUAAUUUUGAGAAAUACAAGGCAGAGUUGAAGCAAUAUUUCAAGUCUAUAGACUGCUUAGCUGUCCAAUCAAAAGCGAGUAAGACGCGGAUAACAAACCUACAAAAGCUUAGAGAAAAAUGGGUGGGUAAUCUCAGUGUAGAUUUCCUUCUUGAUUUAAGCAGAUCGUUGAAGUCGUUAGUAUAUCUCUUCGAUUUGUAUUUUCGAAUUGAGACAAAACUGCCUAGGAAAAAUUCUACAUGUAGCUCAAACAUGGAACGUAUAUGUAGUUAUAUAUCGAAGACCGGGAAUAUUAAAUCUGAUAUGGAGAACUUUCUGGAUGAUACUUGUGCUUGGUUCAACACGAAUAUGACAGUUGGAAUAAGCGGAGUUUUUGUUCCCGUGGCUAAGGAGUUCUUGAUGAGAGCUGCAGUUAAUUUAACAAUAUGUGAACUGGUCGUGACGAACUUGCUAAGAUGUACGGAUAUAGAUGAGUCGAAGAUGUCUAGGUUGUCGGCUUUACUAGCACGGGUGAAUGAAACCGGUUCAACUUUUCAGUUAGGAGAUUUGUUAAAGAAAAUACUGACGUUUAUAAAUGAAUCGAAAUUAAUUAAUGAUAAAGAUUAUGGAGACUGGAAGUUAUUUUUAAGCAUUCCAUUUCCCGAAUUUUGA